UAUUUGUUUAGUAGGAACCCAGAACGUAAAAUCUCUUUACCCAGACGGCUCUUCCGGUAUGUGACAUCGUGAAGCGUAAACAUGGCAGCGUCCACGAGGAAUCUUGUAAGAGUUCUAGCCGGAUGCCAAAGACUGAGUCUGACAGCACCAUGCGUCUCAAGGGUGUCUCACAAUGCAGCAAGGCAGACAUAUGUCAGGACGUAUGCAGCAGCAGCGGCGGCAAAGGCCAAACCCAAGGCAAAGAAAGGUGAAGAGGACAAGGAGAAGAAGGAGAAAAAGCAGCGUGUAAUAGAUAACACCGGUCGACACAAGCCAAUCGGCUUCUCAGCCUGGGAACCAACGGAUGAUGUGUACCUGCUGAGAUUCUACCCCAAACCAUCCCAUGAGACAGGCGCAGCUGUGGACCUGCUGAAGGAGAUCCAGACGCUGGAAUUCACUCCCUCAGAUCAGGCCGUGUUGGUAGACCUGAGACUGGACAUGAAACUUGAGAAAAAGAGAAAGGUGGAUCCUUUUGUCAGCACAAUGCAGCUACCCCAUCCUUUCAAGACGGAAACAAACAAAGUUAUAGUUUUUACAGAGACUGCUGAGCAGACGCAGCUGGCCCUGGCCAACGGAGCAGCGCACGCCGGAGGGGUGGAGCUUGUGCAGAAGAUUUUAGAUGAUGAAAUCCAAGCCGAUUUCUACGUGACUGUGCCAGAAGUGCUACCGAAGUUGGUCCCUUUAAAAAACAAGCUACGGAAGAAGUUUCCAAAGAGCAAGAGAGGCACUGUCGGAGUGAACAUUCCCAAAAUGCUGAACCUCUUUAAGACCGGUCAUGAGUACCUGGUGGAGAGAGACUGCUACAUCAUCACUGAGGUUGCCACGCUGGACAUGCCCAAAGAGCAAAUCCUGGCCAACAUUCAGGCCGUCGUCAAUGAUGUCUCUUCCCACAAGCCGGCCAACUAUAGCCCAAUGAUAAACAGGAUGAUGCUAUGUAGCAGAACUAGCGAGGCUCUACUUGUAAAAUAUGAAGACCUUCUGCCAAAGCCUAAAGAGGAAGGAGUACUGUGAUCAUACACAUUAUAAAUGUUGUAAUAUAAUAAAAUAAAGCUGUGUGCUAAA